AUUAUUAUUAUAGUAAAUUAAAUGUGGUUUAUAUUGGCUGAAUAGAAUGCUGUUUAUUUUUAAAUAUAAAAACAAGCUGCACUGAUAACUGAUGAAGUGAGCGAACCGAUCUUCAGUGAUAGCUGGAGGCUCUGUUGACUUGCACUGCAGUGAAAGUUUUCUCAUGCAGAUGUACCUUCACCUGUAGACCUCACUUGUGGAUCAAGCCACCAGUUCCCCUCCUUCUCAAGAGCAAGGAGGAGAAAGGACAGAGAAAGCCAUGACAACCCCAAUCACUGAGGGCACUGGAAAAAACGCAGAAGAUUGUGGAGUUGUUCAAGACCUGGCAUCCCUUUUCCUGUCCACUGAGCCAGAAGAUGGUGAAGGGACCCCAGGAUGUUCUACACCAUUUGAAACAUCUGUUCUUUCAACUGAAGCUGAACUGGGACUUGAAUCUGCAAGUUCACCUUGUCUUUUUUUAGAAGACUUCCUUGUAGAUGAGGACAUCUUUAUGAGUCCAGAAUGUGUCGCCCUUCCUGAAGAUCAUCCAAGACCUUUCAUGGAACCACCAGUAAAUCCUGCAGUAUAUGUACCUGAUCCUGAGCCCAUUUUGAGUUCAAAACUUACUAAGAACCAAACUGAGCUUGUUCCAACUCAAAUGGAAGAGCAAGAAACUAAGCUUGCAAUCUUGGAACUGCUUCGUCUGAUGGCAGAAGAUCCUGUUCAGUCUCAUCUGGAGUCUGAACCACUUGAUUGGUUGCAGAAAAACCAUCAAGAGCCUGGUACUGAAGAACUUCAUUCCUCCCAUAACUCUCCGCCUUCCUCUAUCGAAGCCAUGGACUAUGGUGCUGUUCCAGACCUGGCAUCCCUUUUGUUGUCCACUGACGAGCUCAUAACAAUGAACACACUGCAGCCAGAUGAUGGCAAAGGGACCUUAGGAGAUCCUACACCAUUUGAAACAUCAGUGCUUUCAACUGAAGCUAAACUGGAACUUGGAUCUGCAAGUGCACCUUGUAAUUUUUUAGAUUACAUCUUUAUGAGCCCAGAAUGUGUCGCCCUUCCCGAAGAUCAUCCAAAACCUUUCAUGGAGCCACCAGUAAAUCCUGCAGUGUAUGUACCUGAUCCUGAGCCCAUUUUUGGUUCAAAACAUACUAAGAACCAAACUGAGCUUGUUCCAACUCAAAUGGAAGAGCAAGAAACUAAGCUUGCAAUCUUGGAACUGCUUUGUCAGAAAAACAAUCAAGGGCAUGGUAGUGAAAAACUUCAUUCUUCCCAUAAUUUUCCACCUUCCUCUUUCGAAGCCAUGGAGAAUGCAUUCAUAUGGCCUCCUCCAGAGGCAAGAUUCAUAUCUCAGUCUCCUCCAGAACCACAACCUUUUCAAGACGUCCCUGGACCAUCACUGCCUCUAAACCUGCCUUCCACCUCCAACUAUGUCUCAACUGAACCAUGUGGUAAUGCCUAUCAAUUACCCAGACUCCAGCAUGUCCAUCCUUCUUAUCUUCCAGUAGUCCCAUGUCUCACGGUUAACGGGAUGCAAUCAAAUCAUCAAUUACCACCUGACUUCUUCCAGCCAAGCCUUCAGUUGCCCAAUGGAAUCUGGCUCCCACAUAGUUCAUAUAUGAAGAUCAACCAGUCAAACUUCACAGUUGGCCCUCAAGUGCCUCAGAUGUAUAGCACUACAUCAUCAGUAUCAGCUGCUCCUUCAUUCAGUGAGGUCCCGCUCCUUCCUUGCCAAGACUUCCAAUGUAACACCAGCCAUGAACAUGAACAGCCCCUUGUGGUACAAUCGUGUUGCGAGGGGUAUAAUCCUUCAAAGGAACUGUAUAAAAACUACAGGCGCUGGCAGAUGUUCUGCAAGGUAGCAUCUUUUGUCUACACCAGCAGUCCAGAUGUGGAGGCCUUGGCUUGCUUCUUCAUACAAGUAAUAAACUCCAUCACUCUUCAAUGCCCCGGUGUCCCUCGUUUUGAAGCAGUGAAGAUCGCUGUGUCACAGUGGGAGAAGCUGUCCGACUUUGAACGAAUGGAGUACUACCACGAGGCUCAGAGGUUCAUGGACUAUGAACUGAAGGAAAUGGUAAGCUUAUGGACAAUAGAAGCAGCAAGCAGUCAAGACACUGAGCAACAACAGCAAACUCCAACUGUGAGAGACGAACCACCAGCCAUGGGCCAAGCUGCUGAUCAGAAGAAAGGCUCUAACUCAGCACCACCUGACGUAGUUAAAGCGGCACCAGACGAGUACAGCGAGGUCAUGGAAGCUCCAGAGACAAAUGACAAAGAAGAGUCUGAUGACAAUCAAGACAAGAAAUUCAUGCAGUAUGAUGACAAGGAGCAAGAUGGGUUUUGCAGUCACGUUGUCAGUGAGGACGACUCAGAAGUAGCACCAGAAGUAUGCCACUUACAUCCUCAAUCCCCAGAUGAAUCCAUUUAUGCUACAGCACCAGAACCAAAACAACACCCUGAACCACAGCCUCAAACUCUCCAAUCUGGCUACUACAUAGACAAUAGUAUACUUCCACCACCUACGACCUUCAGUGAAAAACCUGCUUUGCUAAAUCAAUCGAGUGAUCCUGGAAUGCCCUUACCUGACAAAGAUGUCCCGGUUCCUGCCUCAAGCACUGGGUUACAGCUUUUACCUUUUCAAAAUGUGAACACCCAGGUUAAAUUUGAAAUGUUUCCUCCACUGCCUGAACCUUUAUCUUACUUCCAGAUGAGUUCUAUCAAUCACAGUAGCAUGGGACAUCCUGAUUGUGUCCCAGAAAACUGCUCUUUACCAACAUUAGCUCAAAAGCACAUCCAUAGUGCAGUUGAAUCUUGCCUGUCUGACCAGAAUGUGCCUUCUUCUUCACAUACAAGUGCACCUAUUAUUGGUUCAGUAAGUGAAGACAUCAAGCAAGCUUCCAGUCCCAAAACCUUGUGGAAGCAGUUCCAAAGCACUGGAAUUGACUUCAAUAGUUUCCAGAAUGAUCUGGAGUCUCCUGAGAACACUGAAAAUAUAACCUCUGGGGCCUCUGUAGAAAUGUCUUCUAAGGAUGUGAUCAAAGAGGACAAUGCCGACAAAGGUAUGACAGGACAGCAGUCACAGAAUAAGAGCAUGGCCGAUUUAAAAAACGACAGGGAUGGGACUGACAUGGAAACAUUUCAUGUGACAGAUAACAAUGAUGACCUUCCCAAGAUGGUCAUGAACCCAGUAGAGCAGGCAUGUCCAGCUGCACAGCUGCCGAUUAAAGACAAUCUUAAUGAGCCCAUUGACCAUCAUACAGAAUAUCAUCAUCCAGAAGUGACUCGGCUCCUGACAACAUCCUCUUCCUCAAGCCCGAACUUCCUCACUUCAUCUACACUUUCAACAAUCCCUAGAUCAGAAAGCAAACCAAACCAAGAACCAAAAGAAAUCAACAACAAGGCUGUUCAUAGCUUUGUUAUGGACACCAGAAAGACAAGGAGAUCAGGUUCUUUGCAAUCUGAAGAGACAGCAGGAAAACAUGUUGAUGUGAAAAUGAAGACAAAGGCACCAAAACAAGCUGUAAACCCAAUGUUAGCAAAUGAGGGACACAGAAAACAUCACCUGGUAAAAGCAAAGGAGAUGACAACCGGUAAAGCAGCAAGAAGGGGCAAGCUUAAUUGGGUGACACUUGUAGAUGAAAGAAGAUGGACAAGAAGCUUUGACAAAAAGGACAAGGAUGUUCAGGCUCAUAACAAGAAGGGAAACACAAAUUAUUUGGUUUAUAAUAGAAAGACCAGUCUUGUAGAUAUGCCAAGGGUCAUCAAGCAUGGGGCUGAUGAGGAAAAAGUGCCUGAAAUUCAAGUUAUAGACCAAUCAGAGAGAAUAGACCAAUUUGAGCGAAGUGUAGUGCAAGAUCAAGUAAGCAAUGGAAGUACAGAUCAGAGGAGGAUAACUAGAAAAUGUUGCACGGCAUCCCAACAGCUUCUGUUGGGAAAUGGAGGAAAAGGAAAGCAGAAUUUGGACAAAAGCAUUGGAAAAAACAAGACAAGCUUGACUGAAGUACAAGAGAAAGCUGCCAAAAGGUCUCAAACCAGACAGCAUAGUCAACACAUGGUCAUGACGAGGAAAGGGACAAGGACGAAACAAGAGGAAACAGCAAGAAAACGACCAGCAACGUCCACCACAGGCCUGCAGUGGCAGGAGCAGAGGGAUCUUGGACAAGAUCAGCAGAGUAGAUGUGAGUACCAAGGGUUACAGUGCCAAGGUCUAAACAGAUCGUCAACAAGGAGCAAGAAGCCAUUAAAAUCAUCGCUUUUAGCUCUAGUUCUCACUCAAACUAGACGAAAAGAGGAGGAGAGAACAAACGAUAAGCGAGAAGAAAUAGAAGGAUCCUUGACAAGGGCAAAGAGGGCAAACAGUGACAAAAGCUUGGAGAGUCUUCCAACAAAGAAGCAAAAAAUGACCAGUAACAAGAAGCCAGGAUUUCAAUUUGACGUUGCAAAUUUGAAAGCUAGCAGCACACCAUCAAGCUCAGAAAGGCCGAGAUGGAAAACAAGGGGAUCUCCAGCCACCCCAAGAGAAAUGAGAGCAGAAGAGAGAGAGCAGAGGAGGUUACUCGAGUUUGUUCUUCACAAAAACACUAUAAAACACAUGGUAAAAAGCUGUGGAGCUAAAGAGUAAAAGCUCAAGCCAGUCAGAAGGGACUACGACAAAGGUGGAGCGACAGACUAGCAACACUGCAAAAGAGAAAGAGGGCAAAGUUGACAACGCAGAAACCAUCCUGAUUUCAUUUUUAUUUACAAACUUCAUAUAUUAAAAUGUCCCUUGAACAGCA